AGCCCUAAAGCCCCGAAUUGUUAAACCCUCCUCCAAACCCAGCUUUGAUCCAAUGAAGCAGUAAUUGAACAAAAACCCACCGCCAUGUUGAUCCGAAGAAGACUCGCUUCUCUUCUCUUCUCCGCCUCCGUCGCCUCCCCCAAACCCAAACCCUCUCUCGCUCUCCCUCCACUUCACUUCCCUGCUCUGUCCCCCAACCCUAACCCUAGCUUCAAUCUGGAUUUGGGGAUUGUUCGGGCGUACAGUAGUCUGCUGAGCCUGAACGAUCUGAGACCCAAGGUGCCCAGGAAGCAGAAGACCAGGAAAGGCCGCGGGAUUGGCUCCGGGAAGGGCAAGACGGCCGGGCGGGGACACAAGGGCCAGAAGGCCAGGGGCUCCGGCAAGCUCGGCUUUGAGGGUGGACAGACCCCGCUGCGCCGCCGUCUCCCCAAGCGCGGCUUUAAGAACCCCUUUAGUCUCACUUUUCAGCCAGUAGGAUUAGGAAAGAUUGCCAAACUGAUCAAUGCAGGAAAGAUUGAUUCUUCAGAGUUGAUUACAAUGAAGACUCUCAAGGAUACAGGGGCAAUAGGGAAGCAGAUAAAAGACGGAGUACGAUUAAUGGGACGUGGCGCUGAACACAUCAAGUGGCCAAUUAAUCUGGAGGUAUCACGGGUCACUGUAAGGGCAAAGGACGCAGUUGAAGCUGCAGGAGGGUCUGUCAGAAGAGUGUAUUACAACAAGUUAGGUUUUCGAGCUUUACUCACACCCGAGUGGUUUGAAAAGAAGGGCAGAUUAUUGCCAAGAGCAGCUAGACCUCCGCCAAAACAGAAGGACAAGGUUGACAGCAUUGGCCGCUUGCCAGCUCCAACAAAACCUAUUCCUUUUUUGACUGAAGAAAACGAGGCAACCUCCAGUUCAUCUACUUAACUAAACGAGCAAAUUCAGUUUGUUCAUUUAGGAUUUUGUAUUUUUAAGUCCAGUUUCUUCAUUUGUGUUUGGCAUAAUUUGUCCUUUAUUGUUAUGGUUUUACCCCUAACGUAAGAGACUCCAACUAAAUGAAAAGAAGAAAAUAAAAUUGAAAUUGCUA